AUGGGAUGGAGAAGAAACUUAGGAUGUAGAAUGAAGUUAAGGAAGCAGAAGAAGUUAAGGAGGAUGGAUAAGAAGUUAGGGAAGGAGAAAAAGUUAAGAAUGAAGAACAAGUUAGGGAAGGAGAAGAAGUUAAGGAUGGAGAACAAGUUAGGGAAGGAGAAGAAGAAGUUAAGGAUGGAGAAGUAG